AUGAGCCAACCGUAUUGGAGUUGGGGAUCAGAUUUUCCUAAAUGUGAUGCACCAAGUGUAGUUCUGCGAGUAUGUAAGGACCUUGAUGAGUUAAAUUCUGUUGUGCAGCAGUUGAGGAAUGAGACGCGAUGGAAGAGUAGGGAUGCUGGAGCGGAGAGGAAUAAGACUAAGGAUGCUGGAGAAGAGAGGAAUAAGACUGAGGAUGAGGAUGCUGGAGAGGAGAGUCAGAAGACUGAGGAUGCUGGAGAGAAAAGUGAUAAAACUGAGGAUGGUGGAGUAGCCGAAUCGAGAGAGCAGUGUGUACAAAAUGGUAAAGAAGAGGUGCAAUAUACACCCCCGGAUAUAAAUUGGGAUGAUCUGAGUGUGUUGGGGUCCGGAAAAAGAGGGGUCGAGGAAAGAGUGAGAUUCUUGGCCCUGCAAUGGAUAUGUCGGGAGAUUCCCAAUAUUUCGGAGGACACAAUUGCUGACCACCUUAGGUCUGUUCCUCAUGAUUCCCUUUUGGAGGUUGCGAAAUUUUGCUGGGAAUGGGGAGAAGAAGAAAAUUCACAUGUGCAGUUAUGUGAAGAAGAUGGUACGGAAGGUUCCCAUAACUUCUUUGUUCGAUUGCUGACCAAGGAUGGUUGGUUGGAUGACUUGGUAUCCGUUAUGAUGCAUAACUCGUGUGCCACUAUGCAGAAAUGUGCUGCCUUGGAUUACAAGCAAAUGAAGGCAUAUGUGGGAAAUGAGGACAGGCAGCACAGCAAGGGUCUACUGGGAAUGGUCAAGGGCGAAGGGCCUAAGUUGGCUAACUCAUGGUCAUCUGUGAAUUGCAGUGAGAUAAGGGCAUAUGAUUCAAAAGUAGAUUUGUGCAUAACUCAAGCCAUCCAACGGGCCGUGCAGCCUGUGGCGAAAAUGCUGCCCCGGUUGUUAAAGGAAUCUGGAUAUAUUGGUGAAGGUCUACUUCUGAAAAUUGAGUGGCCAGUUAUUCGCGUCAUGGAUGCACCACAACAAGUAGGCGGGGGCGACUGUGGGAUGUACAUCCUCAAAUACUGCAAGUUUCUGACCUCAAAUGUAGACCUGGCCAAUCAUGACGUCAUGCCUUUCUAUCGGUUGAAGCUCACUGUACAGUUUUUGCAAGGAUAUUGGUAG